AUGGGUAAUCUGGAAUUGGCAAUCAAUCCAAUUGAUGGGCUUUUCAAUGACCCCGAGGCCGCCCAGCACCGUAAGAAGAGGAGCCCUCUUGAGCUCCUCAGAACCAUCUUGUUGAUGCUCUCGUACGACCUAGUGAUAUGGUUCUUCAACAUGGUGAUCCACACAUUUUUCAGGGAUAUCCGUCUGCGUGGUACCUUUAACAUCCCUAAGAAGGGUGCCAUCAUUUUCGUCAUUGCUCCUCACCACAAUCAGUUUGUGGAUCCAUUGGUGGUGAUGUCUACAACCAGAGCUACCUCCGGCCGGAGAAUUUCGCUACUCACAGCUGCCAAAUCAUACAGAAGAGGCUUCAUUGGUACAGCUGCCCGUUUGUGUAGCGCCAUUCCUGUGGAGAGGGCUCAGGACUUGGUCAAACUAGCUCUGGGGACGAUUAAAGUGGAGAAGUUUGAUCCUGACGGAGAUAACGUCGACGUCAUUGGUGAGGGUACCAAAUUCACGGAGGAGGCCGAACCAAAGGGCCUUUUGGGUCUUCCCAACAGUUUGGGUAACGCUCAGAUUGACCAGGUGGUCUCUGACACAAGAAUUGUGUUGAAGAAGCCUUUCAAGGUGAACUUCGCGAAGCCCACCGAGCGUGACAAGCGUAUCAUAGAUUUACUCACGAACGGAACGAACUACAAGACCGCUCCUCAUGUUGACAAUCACCAAGUGUUUGAUAAUGUCUUCAACCAUCUCAACAAGGGCAGGGUCAUGGGUAUAUUCCCAGAAGGAGGGCUGCAUGACAGACCGGGCUUGCUCCCUUUGAAGCCCGGUGUGGGUAUUAUGGCAUUGGGAGCUGUAUCUAAGUCUGAUGACCCCGACGCCGUUGUCAACAUCAUUCCUGUGGGUCUCAACUACUUCCAUCCACAUCGCUUCCGGUCAAGAGUUGUGGUGGAGUACGGUAAGCCCAUCCGUGUGACCAAAAAGGAUAGCAUCAAGUAUGAGCAGAACUCCAGGGAAGUCGUCAACAAGUUGAUUGAGUUGGUCACAUUGAGACUAAAGGAAGUGACGGUCACUUGCGAUGAUUUCGACACACUCAUGGUGAUCCAGGCAGCAAGAAGAUUGUACACGGCUGCCAACCGAGAACACAUUCCGUUGCCAUUGGUAGUGGAGAUGAACAGGCGACUCAUGAAAGGCUAUCAGAAGUAUAAGCAUAGGCCUGACGUUGCUCAACUCAGAGAUAAUGUCUACCACUAUAACAAGAUGCUCAUGGCCAUGUCGCUACACGACCAUCAGGUUGAGGAUCUCACAAGCUCCAAUAGAUGGGUCGUAUUCUACCGUUUUGCGGUACGUGCAUUCCGGGUGUUCUUCUUCUUGCUCCUUUCGUUACCAGGCGUGUUUAUGUUUGCGCCAGUGUUCAUAGUAUCACGCCGUAUUUCCAAGGAAAAGGCAAAGGAGGCAUUGGCUGGAUCGGUGGUGAAGAUCAAGGCAAAUGACGUGAUAAGCACUUGGAAGAUCUUGGUGGCACUUGGUCUUGCACCGGCUCUUUACAUCUUCUGGGCUACCAUUGCAUGUUGGCUUUUAAGGUCUGCAAGUGAAUUUGUCAGAAACGAGAUACCCCUCAUAAUUCUUUUCAUCGCCAUGUAUUUGUGGAUGGUGCUCACAACCUAUGCAUCGUUGAGAACGGGCGAGAGCUGUGUGGAUACAUACAAAUCGUUAAAGCCACUCUUGAUCUCGAUGUUAUCGCACAGUCUGGAUAUGGUUCAGAUUGAAGAACUCAAGAAUACGCGGAGAAAGCUAGCGCAUGAAGUGAUGGAGUUCUGUGAAAAGUACGGGCCCCUGAUCUUUGACGAUUACGACAAGUUCUAUCGCGAAUACAACCGGAUCGACGAGAGCACGAGCGAUCUUGGAGAGGUGCUUGAAAACGACAAUGUGGAGGCAGCACCGGACCUGGGCCUGGUGUAUUCCAGAAGCGAAUCCUACUGGCUCGACAACUUGAGCAACAUUCCGAUUUUCUCUUCUGUUGACGAGAAGGACACUACGACCCUGGAGGACGACACUGAUGUCAGUGAUAUCACGCAGGAAGCACAGGAGAAGGACGGGGACGUAGAGGAAACGGAACGUGAAGUUGAGGACGACGAGGACGAGAGGAGAGAGAAUGCCCGGUUGAGGCUUCGUACGGCCAUGAAGAAGAAGGCCAACCGGUGGUGA